GUCAAGCGCGUAGUUAAAAUACACAGUGUAUAAUUUUAUAGCCUUUUCCCAACGGGGCACUCCGAUGUCGAGACGACAAUGCUCAAACAGCAGAUCAGAUUCGUCCUUUGUUAGUGGCGAAUGGGGCGGAGGAAGGAUUAGAAUCCUAUAAAAAGAAAGCAUCCGAGAUCAUAAAACACCCGACUGCAGGAAUUAAGGGUUCACUCUCGGCCGGACGCACGCAGAGAGGAAGCCGAAAAGUUUCCCUCCGACCUUGAGAGCAUUCGCCCUUGAACAGAUUCCCUCCUCCGUGGUUUCGCUUCCACACUGGGCUCCGUGUUUUUUUUUUUUUCUGUGUCGAUGGUAUAUCAGAAUUUCUCGUUCGAGGAUGCUCGUCUUAACUUGGAAUAGGUGGUGCGCGUUGACGGUUCUCGUCGCCACACUGAGGACGGGAACAACCCUGGUACCGGAGGCGCACCCGAAGGCAAAUUUCAUCAAGCCAGCUCUGUCGGGAGGGACACCGACACCGGCCACCAACCUCUCCGACGCCGUCCACCUCGGGAUCACCAGGAAACACAACAUGCUUGCGCAGCAGGUGUAUCCGUGCAGCAAUGACAAGGAGUGCAGCGUGGGAAGCUACUGCCACAGCCCUCAGCAGGCUCCCUCACGUUGCCUCAGUUGCCGCAGGAGGAAGAAGCGUUGCCAUCGGGAUGCCAUGUGCUGUCCCGGGAACCGAUGCAGUAACUACAUGUGUGUCCCCAUCUCUGAGAGUGUGCUCUCGCCUCACAUCCCAGCUUUAGACGAGCACAACAAGCUGUCCAACAAAGACCACAGCUGGAGGAAGAGUGGGAAGGGACAUGCCAAGCAUUCCCUCAAAGGGCACGACGGCGACCCUUGCCUCCGUUCAUCCGAUUGCUCCGAGGGCUACUGCUGCGCCCGCCACUUCUGGACCAAGAUCUGCAAGCCGGUGCUGAGACAGGGCGAGGUGUGCACCAAGCAGAGGAAGAAAGGCUCGCACGGCCUGGAAAUCUUCCAGCGCUGCGACUGUGCCAAGGGCCUUUCCUGCAAGGUGUGGAAAGACGCCACCUCCUCGUCCAAGUCCAGGCUCCACAUGUGCCAGAAGAUCUGAGGAGCGGGGCAGCUGCGGGUCGGCGUAGAGGCCUCUGUCUCCGUCUGACAGAGGGAGGUUUCAAAGGACGGGUCGUGGCUCCGGUUGGAAGGGAGUGAAAGACAGAGACUAACUGAGAGGAAGAACAGACUGUGUGAGUUCGAGCCCGCUAUUUGGAGCGUGAGUGGGAUUGUUGUAAUGCGUUUGCUGUGAGUGGCCCAUCCCUGCACACACACACACAACCAAUGCACCCUCACACACACACACACACACACACACACACACACAAGAACACGCACCCACACACACACACACACACACACACACACACACAAGAACACGCACCCACACACACACACACGUCAUGGGUUUGUUAGGUUAAUGAGCUCACAAAUCUUUUUAGCCAUUCUUGUGACAUUCAGGGAGCCGCUUGUUAGCCCGUAUAUGCUGUGAUAGGUGUAACAGACGUAGCACUCUUUUAUCAUAAACUCAACUUAUACUAUUUAUAGACAAGCCAUAUUUUACUGCAUGGCACAUUCUUUACCAAACCCCAAAGUCAAAGUCUGAUAUGGGUUUUUUAUUACUUGAUCCGCAAUGACUUCUCUGUUUUUUCAGAAUUCAAUAUCUCCAUCCACUUAAAUUGUUUGUUUUAAGUAUUGAGAAAUUCAGCAAUGCAAGACAUUGACAUACCAGUUAUAUUUUAUGAGGAACAUAUUCCAUAAACCGUUCACUGUGUAACGGCAUCCUGAGACUUCAGUGCACGCAUAAUACUCUUAAACCAAAAAAGCAAAAGAAUAUUCCCAUCAGUGAUGAGAUUCAUCUGGGACAGUAGCGUGCCGACAUUUUUUUCCCACGAGAAGAGAGAUAAAGUAUUGUGGUCGCCAUGGAAACCUUGUUUGAUCUGAUUUGAUAAAGCUCAGAUCUAUUGUGAAACAGCCGGGUGGGUUAGCACAGUUUGCACAGAAGUGUAAGGAUACCGUGGAAGGGAAAUUCCCCUUUUGUUUACAAAGCCAGUAAUGGAUCGGAGACGUGAGAAGAAUGAUUGAAAUGAAUCAUGAAUGGGAUGUUGAUAACAAUCAGCCCUGUUUAUCUUUUUGUUUUUUCAAAUACAACUGCAUACUUUCCACUCAUGAAACACGGGCCAGUUUUGUGAUAUCGGAGGUGAACCAAUGCUUCAGUACAACUUAAACAUCCCCUUGUUACAUAACAUAUCCAACAUGAUAUCACAUUUGCCACUUUUUGCUUUACGGUCUUAGAGCAUUUACUCCACAUCAUUUGUAACCAUUUAAAAUAUCAAUAAGCUCUAAUAUUGUAAAUAGUUUGGAAACAAUGAAAUGUAUUUAAGACUCAGUGUAUAUCGUGUACAUAUGAUAAAGAUAUGGUUCUUAACAUUACAGCAAAAUGAUCUAGGUGAGAACAGAAAUGACGGAUUAAAUGGGAAGAGCACAGUGGGGUGGAUUCAAAAUAAUGUUGUUGUAAUGAUAAAAGCUCUGAGUAUCGCCAGAGGAGACAAAAUCGAACGGAUAUUUGGAAGAAAAGAGACAAGCACAUUGAUUCCAAGAAUUGUUUGUGUAAAUGGUGUCCAGAUUUAUAUCUCUUUAAAUAUUGUCUGUGUUGAUACUUUUGAUUUGUUUCGCGUAUUUACAAUGAUGAAUGAAUAAAAGAAUGUAUUUUGUAUCA